AUGGCUGUGGGGAUCUUUUUCCUGUUCCUGACUUCACUGGGAAUGCUGGGAAACUCAGUCUUGCUUUGUGGUUUUAUCAUUGCUGACUUCUCUGGAAUCAGGGUGAAGAAGCCCACAGACCUGAUUGUCAAACACCUGACCUCAGCCAACUUUAUAGUUCUCUUCAGAGGAGUUCAACAGACAUUGGCUGCUUUUAGUCAGAAUUACUAUCUAGAUUCUGUUUCAUGUAAACUUACCUUAUAUUUUCAUAGAGUUUCCAGAGGAGUAUCCCUUGGCUCCACAUGCCUGCUGAGUGUCUUUCAGGCCAUCACCAUCAGCCCCAGUAAUUCCAAGUGGGCACAGAUCAAGAUCAGAGCCUCCAGGAUCAUUGGUCCUUCCCUGGGCCUGUGCUGGGCCUCCCAGCUGUUGUUAUAUGGCUUCAUUCCUGUAUACACAACUGACUUGUGGGGUGGGAGAAAUGUUACAGGGAUAAAAAAUCUUGAAUACUGUGUUUUUAUGAAUCCUGGGAGACUAAUCAGCACACUAACUGUAAUCCUGUACACAUGCAAUGAUUUCAUGUUUUUGGGAAUGAUGAUGUGGGCCAGUGGCUACAUGGUGUUCAUCCUGCUCAACCACAAGCAAAUGGUCAAACACAUCCACAGAUCGCUGUCUCCUAGGUCAUCACCUGAGAAUAGAGCAACCCAAAGCAUCCUCGCCUUAGUGAGCAGCUUUGUUAUCUUCUAUGUAGUCUCUAUUGUCUUUACAUCUCACCUGUCUGUCUUAGAUAUAACGACUAGGUGGCUCCCCAACACUGGUGUGGCUAUGACAGCAUGUUUUCCAGCAUUCUGCCCCUUUCUGCUCCUCAGACACUACACCUCCAUUUUCAGGCUCCACUGUACCUGUUCUUACAAGACAACAAUCUUUACUCAUGUAUUCUGA